AUGUUGUCGCGUUGGGUCGUGUACAGUCUGCGCGUGGUGAUGAACCAGGCGGUGAUCUACGCCGCUUUGGCCAAGGAUGAGCCGAUCAUCGGGAUGGAUGUCAAUGGCAACCUCUUCAUCAACACCUCAUCAACGGGCAACGGGCGGCUGCUGCUGAAUGGGGUUGAUGUGAUCCAAGAGCUGACUGAGUCACGCCAGAUGUGCGCCGGCACAAUAUCAAAGACCACAACAUUGCCUCCGACCACCACCACGGCCACCACCACGGCCAUCACCACGGCUGCUCCCACAGACUUGCCCGUCACGUACUCGGGUACAAUCGGUUGUGAGCUGGAGAACGUGCCUUCAAACGUUGCGUAUGUCAUGGGCAACGUUCGCCUGACAUCUUGCCCACUUCUGACGGCAAAUGAUCUCCUGCAAGUUUUUCGCAAGCUCGUCCAAGUGAGCGGGGACUUGAAAUUCGACAACAAUGGCGCUCUGACCAACGUGGAUGGGCUUGCAACUCUCGCAAGCGUUGGAGGCGACUUGUACAUAAACAAUGACGCCCUGACCAACGUGGACGGCCUUGGCAGUGUCGCCAGCGUGGGCGGCCACUUGCACAUCAACAACAAUGCCGUUCUGACCAACGUGGACGGUCUUGGCAAUGUCACCAGCGUGGGCGGCCACUUGUACAUCAACUACAAUACCGCCCUGACCAACGUGGACGGCCUUGGCAGUGUCGCCAGCGUGGGCGGUCACUUGCACAUCAACAAUAAUGACGCUCUGGCCAACGUGGACGGCCUUGGUGAUGUCACCAGCGUGGGCGGCCACUUGUACAUCAACAACAAUGUCGCCCUGAGCCACGUGGAUGGCCUUGUUGGUAUCACCAGCGUGGGCGGCUACUUGAACAUCUACAGCAAUGCCGCCCUGACCAACGUGAACGGUCUUGGCAAUAUCACCAGCGUGGGCGGUUACUUGAAGAUUAAGGACAACGACGCCCUGACCAACGUGAACGGCCUUGGUAGUAUCACCAGCGUGGACGGUUACCUGAAGAUUGAGGACAACGACGCCCUGACCAACGUGGACGGCCUUGGUAGUAUCACCAGCGUGGCCGGCGAUUUGAACAUUUGUUCAAACUCUCAACUUGACACAUCAAUGAUACCUGCCUCUGUUCGAUCAUUGGGCACAUGCCAACUCAUCACGAGCGGAGGUUGCAGCUCUUGUUGA